CUCUGAGUGGGUGGUGAGUCUCCCAUCACCACCACCACCCCCUCAGGCUACACACACACACUGCCUUGAGCAAAUCUCAGCCAGCACACCAGCAACCAAGUCAACAGCCACCUGGGAAGAUAGGGCUGGCUAGACCUCUUUGGGGUUUCAUUCAAACCCAACCUAUUUGAAGGUGAAAAGGCUGCUGUGGGUGUGAAGAGGCAGGGCCACAAAUAAAACAAGGAUUGUAAAGCAACCCUUCCCAGAACUCAGCAGUAACCUGGCCUAUAUCUUGGCAUCCAGAAAAGUCAGAAGGUUCUUACUGAAAACAGUGGCUGCACCAGUUUGCAUUCCCACCAGCAGUGUACUAGAGUUCCCUUUUCUUCACAUCCUCACCAACACCUGGCUGUUUGUUAAUUUGUGGAGGAUAGCCAUUCUGACAGAUGUGGCUCUCAAACAUGAGGUGAGUGUCAGUCUGAUCACUUUAUAGAGGAGGCAGCUGCAGUCCGAGGAGCUUGUGACUUGCUGGAAAGGUGGCUCUAGCUCUCUCCACCAACACCACCCUCUGCCAAGGCGAGUUAGAGUCAAGGAUACGGACACCACUUCUUCCACGUCAGCCAACCAUCUGCCCUGAGGAGUGAAUAAGCAGCCUCUGUUCCAGGACCCACCAGAGUCCUCAGCCCCCUGAAGAAUGUCCAAGCAGGAUUUGAGUGUCACAGCAAAACUCAUCAAUGGAGGCAUAGCAGGGCUCCUGGGGGUGACCUGUGUGUUCCCCAUUGACUUGGCCAAGACUCGACUUCAGAACCAACAUGGAAAAGAUAUCUACAAAGGAAUGAUAGAUUGCCUGAUGAAGACAGCAAGGGUAGAGGGCUUUCUGGGCAUGUACCGAGGAGCUGCAGUGAACCUCACCUUGGUCACUCCAGAGAAAGCCAUUAAGCUGGCAGCCAAUGACUUUUUCCGACAGUUGCUCAUGGAAGAUGGGAUGCAGCGGAAUCUGAAGAUGGAGAUGCUAGCUGGAUGUGGAGCUGGAAUGUGCCAGGUGGUGGUUACCUGUCCCAUGGAAAUGCUCAAGAUUCAGCUGCAGGAUGCUGGGCGCUUGGUCCAUCACCAUGGUUCGGCCUCAGCACCUUCCUCUAGGUCCUACACCAUUGGAUCAGCUUCCACACACAAGUGUCCAUCUGCCACUGUCAUUGCUUGGGAGCUGCUUCGAACCCAGGGCCUGGCUGGUCUCUAUAAGGGUUUGGGUGCCACUCUUCUCAGAGAUAUUCCCUUCUCCAUCAUCUACUUCCCUCUGUUUGCCAACCUCAACAACCUUGGUUUCAACGAACUUACUGGGAAGGCUUCCUUUGUUCAUUCCUUUAUGUCAGGCUGUGUUGCAGGUUCCAUAGCGGCUGUCAUAGUAACACCUCUGGAUGUUUUGAAAACUCGAAUCCAAACCCUCAAGAAAGGUCUGGUUGAGGACAACUACAGUGGGAUCACUGACUGUGCCAGGAAACUCUGGAUUCAGGAGGGACCAUCUGCCUUCAUGAAAGGAGCAGGCUGCCGGGCCCUUGUCAUAGCCCCUCUCUUUGGGAUUGCCCAAGGUGUCUACUUCAUUGGUAUUGGAGAACAUAUCUUAAAGUGUUUUGAAUAAAUAUAGCUGGAAUUCAGGUCCCUUCACUGGCUUCCAUCUCUCUACCCUCCAUGUAUUUUGUCCUCUAACUUGUAGUACCACCUAAGUCUCAGAAGAAACAACCUUAUUCUAAUAAGCAAGGUGGCUACAGCUCUAUUCUGCCUCAGAAGCCCCUAACCAACUACCUUUCAACAGAAGUAGUACAUGCUUUGGUUGUAUUGACUGUAGGACCUUAACAGACAGUAAAGAUAGAAGGGUUGUUUCUACAUUUUACAUUUCUAUUUCACACCUCAAGCUCAGUAUACUUGAGUCAUUUGGAGGAUUUAGUUUUGUUAUUCUGAGCUAAAUAACUUACGGUUAGUCCUAGCAUUCAUUUUGGGCAAAAAGAGAAUCAAAAGUUCAAGGGGACCAUAUAAGUCCUCAAAGUCAGCACCUAGUUUAAAACCAUCCAAAUCCUUUCAAAUUAUGGGUGGCUGAGGGAUAAGGCCAACUAAAACCAAGCAGCCAGGCCAAAGUCAGGGCAGCCAUCCUGCCCCAUUUCCUCCUUCUGAAAAACAGGCUCUUAAAGACCAACUGGAGGCUCGGGGCAUGAAUUCGUGCACCAGUGGGGGUCCCUCUGCCUGGCCUGCGGGAUCAGGCCGAAACCAGCUC